AUUUCGCACGUUGAGUGAUAUUUGAAGUUGUUAAUUUUAAGUUCAAGAAAGCUAAUACAUAUAUUGAUACAAAUCAGUAUAGUUUUUAAUAUUGAUAUUAUUACUGUUGAACAGUUUGUCAUUGUAAGUAAAAUGAGUAUCUUUAAAUCAUUUGUUUGUAAAACCACAAUUGGAUUGGUGUUGAUGGCAAUCAUUUUAGGAUUCCCAGCAACUCAAUCUGCACCAUUGGAAGAGGCCAAGUUGUUGCGACAAAUAGCUGAUCAAUAUAGUGCUCCAUUGGUUGUGUCAUUCCUACAUUCAAGAAUACUGAAAAAUGCAGAAAUGAUUUCCAAAAUUAAAAGCUCUCUAAAAAAUUUGGAUCAAUCUAAAGUUGAGGUAUUUGGUUUGGCUGAAAAGACGCUUGAGUUAUUGGAUGAACAGUUGACCGCUUUGGAAAAAGCUGAUUACUUUGAUUUCAAUGGAACUGAAAAAGUGAAGUAUUUUAUUGAACAAUUCAUCAUGCAAAAUGAAAUGUAUCCGAUUGAGUUUGGUUCUAGUGGAGCAGUUGAGGUUGCUGUUACUCCUGAUGCUCUUUUGGAAGAUUUGCGCAAAAAGACAAGCACUAAUUUGAUCAAUGAAACAAAUAGUAUGAUUCAAACAUAUUUGACUGAUAUCGAUAAAAAGCAGCAAAGUCCUGAUAGCAGUCGAAUGCAAAAACUGUCCGCUUUUCUGGCUAGACAAGAGCUGCAGCAAUUGGCCAAUUACUCGUAUCCACCAGUUGAUGAUAAUUACCAUUACACUGAUCUUACCGCUCCUCGUAAAGUUGCACUUGGUACAGUAUUGAGAAAAGUAAAGACAGUUGUUGGCUUCUUUUAUGCUCAGUUUAACAAUUUGGCUGAUCCAAAGUCAAGUAAAAAAACAAGUGAAGUAUCUGCUAGCCAAAAACCUGCAAUCGCGGUGGUUAGAGAAAAGAUUCCAAUACCCUUGCCUCCCCGUGGUCGCGGAUCCGUUGAUAUGAGUGCUUCAGACUAUGAAGAUAGUGAUUAAUUUUUUUAUGUAACACUUUCUCCAUAUCUGUGAACAUCUUGCGUUGCAAUAUCUGUUGUUAUUCAAUUCUUUGAUUUAUUAAUCUUUAAUUACUUAACAGAUAUUUUUAGCAAGUAUCACUAAUAAACUUGAAGUUUCGAUUUUA